UGGGCAUUAAUUAGAAUAACUAGUAAGCAUGUAUCACAGUAGUACACAGAAGAGAGACUGGCUCUUUAAAGACCAGCAAAGUAUCAAUGUCAAGAGAGAGGCGGCCAAUCGCGCCUUCUGUAGUGCACAUGAAGCCUCGGCGCAAGAGAAAGGCGUUCAGUUAUUGACACCAGUGGAGGAGGAUAUUGUGGUACAGUACUACUUGAAGAAGCUUGUUGAGUUUUGCAGUCUGUUCAACCCACCCAGCUGGGCCCCCCUCCCCAAGACUGCCCUGGUGACGGCAGUGACCUACUACAAGAGGUUGUACACACAGUGUUCUGUCAUGGAGUUCCAUCCCAAGGAUAUGUUUUUGUGCUGUGUGUUCCUGGCGUUCAAAGUGGAUGAGUACAAUCUCUCACUGGAGCAGUUUGUGAACAUGUUGGCCCCUCAUCUCAUACAGUCCACCUCUGAAUACAUCAUCAGUCAUGAGCUGCUGUUACUGAAGAAGCUCCAGUUCCAACUAACUGUCCAUUCCCCAUUCCGACCAAUGAGUGGCUUCAUCCUGGACAUGAAGACCAGAGCUCCACAACUGCCGAAUCCUGACAUGUUCAGAAAAGUUGCAGACAGUUUUCUUGUCCAAAGCUUGGGAUCUGAUGUGGCUUUCCUAUACCCACCCUCACAGAUAGGGCUAGCGGCUCUGUGGCACAGUGCUAAGCAGACCCACAACAGAGUGGAUGGCUACAUCCUCUCAGUCCUGCUCAACUCUGAAGGCUCUGACACCAUUGACACCAUCAUGGACCUCCUGCAGAAGAUAGAAGAUUUAGUGUUCUCUGUUAAACUACCUGAUGGCGCCAUGCUAGCUCCAGUGGAGGCCAAGCUACAGCAGUGCAGUAUACAAGCCCUGACCAUCGCCACCACCACUACCAAGAGCAGGAAGAGACAGAGUGAAGACAAUCUCUCUGUGGGAGGCAGUGAUGGGAAGAAACACAGGAGUGAUCAGGAGCCCAGUCCGUGGUCACUAGAGAUUGAUUGAACUAUAUAUCUAUUUUUAUUUGUUCAUUUGUUAUCCAUAUUAAUUUAAUUUGUUAAUUGUCCAUAUGAUAAUAAUUGUGUUGUUAAAAUAAUCUUUAUUGUGUAUA